AUGAUUUAUGCUGUUGCAAAAACGUUUCCCUUCUUCCAGCUUACCACCCAGGCACUCGAAACUACGAUAAGAAAGUUGGCUGAACUACCGUCGCAAAGGGCUUCUCUUGAGUCCCUGAAGACCACUCUCGGCAAUAUGAGGGACGACUCCGCUACAUGCAAGGAGAACCUCCUCACUGAGAUCGCUUCUGCUGAUCAGGAACUGUACUAUGCGGCCUACUAUUCUCUCGAAAGAACCAAACUGACCGUCGCGGCAACCCAUGCUGAGGAGCUCAGCAGGUUUAAGAAACUUCGAAGGAACUUGGCGAAGUUGAAUCGGAGACGGGCUGACUUGCUUCAGACGGCAAACAUUGUGGAAAUGGUAACUUCCGAAGAGUCUUUAAACCUGAGUUCUACGAUAUUUGUUUUAUCAGGCCGACAUAGGAGAGGCAGGGAACGCCAUGACUCGCGCUUCAAUUAGACUGUUAUGUUUGAGGCUUAUGCACCGUCAGUCAUAAACGUACCAUCAAAGCUCAUUCAGUGUGAUUGGUGUUUAGUGUGGGUGCGAUGGUCUGCCUAAGUUUCUACUGCCGUUUCAUGCACAUAACAACCUUGGAUUCUAGCCAAACACCCUGUAUUGCCUUAUGAUUGUAUUGCAGAGACCUACUCUAGAGACCGCUUCUCCAUUUUCAGAACAUCACUGCCUUGAAGGAAGUGGAACGGUCAGCAAAAAAACUGCUUGAAUGCGUCAAGAACUUGCAACAGACGGCGGCACUCUGUGAAGAUUCUGGCUUUGAUAAAUUAAACCUAGCGCCGGAUUUUGCAUCGGUAAUUUAAUCAUACCUGAAAAUAUUUUAUCGUGAGUCAAUAUGGUUGGCAUAUUUGGAAUCUUUUGCUUGUAUCACCCACUGAUUUCGCAUAAUAUUUCUUGGCAAACACUGAGCAUCUUUGCGUGGUAAUUCCAUUCUUAAAUGUCUCUAACCCCCAACGCUUAUCCCUAACACUAACCCCUAACCUUUAACAAGUGCGACUGCGAAAUAAGAUCCUACCAGUUAGGGGUAAGCGGUCGGGCUUAGGCGUUAGGCUCGGGCUUGUCUACUGGAGGUACGGCAACGAAAUAGGAUCUGACAAAGGUGGCAUCUGUUUGUUAUGUCAUGUUGAGGCUAUAGACGAAUGUAUCCACCAAAGUCAGGUUUUGUCCAAAAUCUUUGGGUUAAUUAUUAGUAUUUAAGAAAACCCAAAAUCACGAAAACCUAGCAUAAUCAAAUUAUUGUUUUCGCAUUCUUUUACUGAUCGAAUCUAAAGACAUAAUAACGCAUGCAAGUGAGAAAUCACCCUGGCGAAAUAAUUUAACGAAAAAGAGAAAGGGGGACUGGAAUUAUCAUUUCAGACUUUUUAACUAUCGUCAGUUAGUCGAACUCAACUCCGAGGUGUGCAACCCCGAGGUUUGAACUCGCGACCUGUCGGUUAAAAGCCCACCGUCCAAACCACUAAGCCACGGGCUCGUUGUCCUGCAGGCUUGUAUCCAAUAAUGGUAGAGGGGCGCUUAACGUUCGUCAUCGGAAGUAGUCAUGCUGGCGUGGACACAGAAUUGGAUCGUGCAGUAUUCCGACCCCAACUAAUGGGGGUCACACGCCAACUUGAUAUUUAUAACAAUUCCAACAGUCCGAUUUUAAUCCUACAUUUGAGUAAAACCAGCAGUUAUGUGUUUGUUUCCAUGAAGAGGCUCCCCUACGGGUAGGUGGGAAGUCAUAGACAUUCGGCAGAUCGUUUCUUACUCAUGGUAAAAUGAAUAAGCCACUUACUGCAAGCAUAUCUGGAACGAUCAGGCAAUCCUCGGGCAAGCAUUUAUGCCACCCAUCCGCGACAGCCGGCGCACAACGUACACCAUUCAAUGAACAAAUAAUAACAUGUGCUUGAUCGCACGCUCUCGAUAAGCCGGCUGCAGGUAGUCCUGGAAGUCUAAAAGUUAACGAAAGUGAACCCGAAGGCUGGUAACCUUAAAGUAGAUGGGCUAACUCAUGAAAUGUUGACCGAAAUUUCGAAAUGCAUUUUCGUUUUGAAAUGAUUAAUUAAGUAGUGUUGUAAAGCCAAUCAUCGUGCAGCAUAAUUCUUUAAUAAUUCAGCUACUCCAAAACGCCGGCUCUAGAACAAACUUUUUUUGGCUGCAUCUAAAAACCAAGCAACGUAAAAAAUGACUACUUAUGUAGAAUGUAUUUUUUAAAUCGAUUUUCGAGGCCCUUAAACACUCAAUUAUAUUUCAUGAAAAACAUGCCUACAAAUAUUCGUUAUUUUGCUCAUUCAAUAGAUAAUUACUUUUUCUUUCAAUUUUAAACUCGAACGAAGAAUAUAAUUCGGUUUUAAGAAGUUUCGAAAUGUGGGACUUUUAAAUGCCAUGAAACGGCUGUUCAUAAAUCGUCAUGGCUCUGCAUUUUCCACUGUGGCUUUUAAAGUAAAUAAUGUGUCUCAAAUCCACCUGUCAAUUUUAUGAACAUUAUAUAGUCCCCCUUUAUAACCGUAGACAAAUGUAUGGUCUUCCGUACGCGGAAGGUAUACGGCUUGUAGUUCGAAAACCCUAGAUGCAAGUGUAAAGGCAGGUCGGGUUCAAACUUAUUCGGUAAUUGAAAAUGUUCUAUAAAGCCAAAUUAAACCCUUCUUUUUGGUGUAAAAUUGAAAAUAGGCGUACUUUUCUACUAAAUGAGCAAACGAAUGAAUAUGUUUUGCAUCGAAAAUCUAUGAAAAAAUUCAUGCUGCAUAAGUAGGCUUUUUUAAGGAGUAUGGUUUUUGAAUGCAGAUAAACAAGUUUGUUGAAAAGCCGGCGUCCUGAGGUAACAGAAUUAUUAUAGAAUUAUGCUGCGCGUUGGUUGGUUCUACAACCCCACUUAAUUAAUCUUUUCGAAACAGGAACGCAUUUCGGAAUUUUUGUUGAGAUUUCCUGAGUUGGCCCAUUUACUGUAAAUAGGGUUGCAAAACUAGUCAUUAUGCAGCAUAAUAUAGUAACCGCAGGAUGCUGGAUUUGAACGAACUUUUUUCCGGCUGCAUGCAAAAACUAUACUCCGCAAAAUAUGACAUGUAUUUUUCUCAGUGCUUUUCGACGCCCUUCAAAAUGUAACUAUAUUUCAUGCAAAACCAUUUAUCAUGAUAUUCAUUUCCUUCCUCAUUCUCUAGAGAAUUACGUCUUCUCCCAAUUCCAUACUCGAAGGAAGAGCAUAAAUCAGUUUUAAAAAGAUUCAAACUGUGAGACUUUUAAUACAGUGAAAUGGCCGUUAAUGAAACGCCAAAUCUCAAUAUUUACCAACGUGGUUUGUAGAGUUGGAAAUAUAUACUGCUUAAUUGUGCGAAUCCCAUGUGGUGUUCUCCUAAUACAGUAGAGAAACAUAUGGUUUUCCAUGCGCGGAAAAUAUACGGAUUAUAGUUUGGAAGCCCUGAAUACAAGUGUAAAGGCAGGCCAGCGAUCAAAACUAUUUAGGAAUUGAAAAAAGGGUAAGAGGAUACAAGGUAGCCCUCGCAGUACGGUAAACUGCCAGCUGCCUGUCUUACGGGACCGGUGGUAAUAGGGGCUAUACGGGUGGGGCCUGUGAGUGGAGGCAAAAAUGGGGCAAGCAGUACACAUCUAAAAAUGAAACCUCAAGGGUAGUGGAAGCCUGAUUCAAAUAAGAUGAAAUAUGCAGGGAAGGUUUGUAAAUGGGCACGGAUAAAUAAAACGGUAUGCGGAAUAAAUGCAACCUUGCCCCGGAUAGGAAAGAAUGCCAAGGGAAAGUUACCAACCAAUAGGAAGAAGGAAGUAUGUACUCAGGCCAUUCCGCGAAUGUGCGAUAUUACGAUAACCAUCGAAAUGGACACAGGAGCACAUGUGUCAAUUUGCGACCCACACGACGGAACAACGCAAGUGGAGUGAAUAUUUAAUGUGAAAAAAUAUCUUUGGUUGGAUGAGCAACGUUGACAGUAAUAGUUUAGUUCCACUGUGGUAACGUAUGGGGAAUAAAACUGUGGCAGUAGUUGUGGGCUUUACGUGAACCGUAUGGAAUUAAAUGUAAACAGGAAAUAGCACUUUUUGUAAAAAAAAAUUCCGCUUUGGUCUGUCUUGCAGAGCCCAGUCUGGUAGAAGGCGACGAAAAACACGACCACAGGUGAAUAUGCCGACGGAUUAUGCACGGAUUCUUGAAAUAAUUCAGUCACCCUACCUAGUGCAAUAUCUGCAACGGAAAGGACUCCUGACCCGUAGGGUCUUAUGUAGGUGCCGGCAGGCCAUGCCGUUACAAGUAUUGCGACAACACACGGAUGGUUAUGCCUUUAGGUAAGGUCUGUUUACUGUGGUAUACAGACCGUAGAUGCGCCCGAUGUGGAGAUAAGAGAGACAUGAGAGUGGGCUCAGUGUUUGACGGGAGGCACCUGACACUGCCUAAAGCGAUGAAAACGUGCCUUUCUUUCAUUGAAGGCACUGGGGUGACUAGAUGUGCAGCCAUAGUAGGAAUAACUAAGAAGACCGCAGUUGACUGGUACGGUAUAUGGCGAGACGUAUGCACAAAGGCCCUCCUACAAGAAGAAGGUCAACUCGGUGGGCCCGACAUCGAAGUCCAAGUCGACGAAACGAUGAUUUCGCGACGCAAAUACAAUGUGGGGCGACUGAAGAAGCAGAAUUGGAUUAUGGGUAAUUGAACAGUGUACUGUCACAUCAUUUUAGGCAUGUAUGAUUCGGCCAAAAAGAAAGCCCUAUUCGAGCAAGUAAAUGAUAGAAGCUGGCCGUCCCUAAGGGCUGUCAUAAGAAAGUGGAUUGCGCCAGGCAGCGUGAUAGUCACUGAUGAAUGGAAAGGAUAUGCACGUGUGACGGAUGAAGGAUAUCGACAUUUAACGGUCAAUCAUUCAGUUAAUUUUGUCGACCCAGUCACUCGAAAGAACACGAUCGCUAUCGAAGCCUACUGGAGUAGGCUGAAGAAAAAAUUACGUGAACACGGUCUCAUCCGGGAAAGGAACAUCUGUGCUCAUGUAAUCGAAGCCCAGUACCGUCUGUGGUAUGGCCUCAAGGCAGGCAAUUUGCCCCAAGCAUGGGAAUUAUUCUUAAAGCAUAUAGCGGACGCUUACCCGGUUGCUGACCGUACUUGUUCAGCGGAAGACGGAGCGCAGCUGACACAAAGGUAAGCGUCGGUCAUUGAUGACAUAAACCAUUAUAUUAGUUAA